UUUACAUUUGAGAAUAUCAUUAAGGUCAUCAAGAUGAACUUAAAGAUGCCUUGUGAUAAGGAAGGAUGUGGGAAACAAAGCUAUGUUCACCGUAUGAUAACCAAACUUCCAUCUGUUUUCACAAUUGCACUUGAGUGGACAAAGAAUGAGACUGCAGGAGAAAUAUUCGAUACAGUUUCUGUUCUGGCGACUGAGAUUGAUGUUAAUGUGAUAUACCAAUGCGAAGGUGACAUUCGAUAUACCAAGUACCGUCUUGUCUCAAUGGUUUGCUUGCAUGGAAAUCGAUACAACUGUGUAGCUUAUGAAAACAAUAGAUGGGUCAGAUAUCUUCGUUCUGAGAUAGAGGUUAUUGGAGACUGGGAGAAUGUUGUCAGCAUUUGUUUAAAGAAUAUCCGUCCACAGAUUCUGUUUUUCGAAAACGUUAUGCAAAGGGAGCAAUAAAUAGAAAAGCUUUUUCAAUGGCAUAGGAAUCAGAUUGAUGUAUAGACAUAAAAGUGCUUGAG